AUGAGCGAUAGUUAUUCGCCAAUGAACAACGACGGUCGCCAACAAUACGUUCCCGUUUUUGGUGGUCCGUCAAGCAAUAGGUAUUCGCAUGGGCGUUUUCCACUUGGGCCUGUUCUGCCCUCUGCUGGCAAUCCAGCUGUGUCACACUCUCUUUAUUAUGCUCAUCCUGGGGCCAAAAUAUUUUCUACUUUCAUGGAAGCGAACAAUCAAAUGGAAAGUUUCUACGCUGGCUUUUUUGGUCCGUACAAACUGAUUUUAUCAGGUGGAUCUUGUUGGCUUGGCGGAUCUAAGCCGGACAAAUCGCUUCGAACACAAGCGAGGCGGUACAAGUGCUGCGUCGAAGGAUGUCUCUGGAGAGCACAAAUCAGGACAAUGGCCCCCAAUGAUCCGUCUUAUGGCUCAGUUUUUUGUUUGUACAUUACAAACGGAAGUGUCCACAACCACGCAGUGUCCCGGGCUCCUCCUCAUCACACAGAUCAGUACGGAUUGCCGUCAAUCGCAAAACAUUUUGCCCACAGUUAUAUCGCACCGAUGAGUGGAAAUCCACGUGAACUCCCAUUGUGGUGCGAAGCAGCUGUGCUGGUUUAG